AUGGUAUCUGUGGAAACAUUAUAUACUAUGUCGCUAUACUUUUCUCCCCAGGCGGUAGGAGCCGGAAGCUGGAAGCUGGAAGCUGGGGAGAGGUGCGUGGAACCAGGAGAAGGCUACACAACGCUGCCUUCGAGCUCAGUGAGAACCCGGAGAGGACAAUCAGAACCCGAGAGUGGAAGAGGAGAGCACUCACAGCCAGGUCCCGGGGGUGGGCCGAGCUCCUGGUCGAUUUCCAGGGUGGGAGAAGUUGCCCACGGCUCCCUGAGCCACCACCCUUCCACGCAGUCUCCCAGCUGGUAUGGCCACCCUCUCGCACCUGAGCGUCCACCUCCCCGUGGUGCACGCUUGAAGCCUCCUGAAGCAAGUGCUGGAAGCAGAAAGCAGCAGGGCCCAGUGCUGUCAACACCACCACGCACACUCAUGCCAAUCCUGGCCAGGCCUCUGGAUGGGCUGGGCUGGGCUGGGCCCCUGGCUCUGGGUGGUGAGUGCCCAGGGGUGAGAGAAACGGAGGGCCUUCUGUCCUCACAGGUGGGAAAGAGCAGAAGGCAGGAUGACCCACUUCAAAACUGGCUCUUUUCAAAGGGGUGUGGGAUGACUGGGGGGCUGCUGUAAGUGGGUCAACCUUCAUGUGCACGUUGCUGUUCCACGCUUUAAAAUGUGGCAUUAAACAUCUGUAUCCUGUUUUCAUUAGCUUGUACGACACAGUGAUGGGGACCUGCCCAGUGUUCUGAAGUAGCAAGUGUGCCCACA